AACAGCUGUUCUCGGAAUGAAAAUGUAGUGUUAAACAUGUAUUUGGGCUUCGAACGAUGAUCGUUAGUGUUAAAGUUCCUACAACGUUGAGACAUGAAAUGCUGACGAUCUCUGAGAAUGGGUGUUAAUGGCGGUCCAGAAGUUUGGAGAAGAGUCAGGGAAGCUUGUGGAAGAAGAAGUUGGCCAUGGUCUCGUUCAACUUCCCUUCGAGAAGGAAAAGGAACUGUAAUUUUCGCGUCGAGUCACGAGGAUUUGACUUUUGUGUACCGUCCAAACUUGAGCGUCAGGGAUGUCUGCACUGAAGCAGCCCAGAUGCUCAAAAUCUCUCCAGUUGCACUGGAUUUUUUCACUUUGGUUUCUGCAGAUGGCAGACAUUUUCUUAAUCCCAACAAAGUGCUCAAUGAGGCUGAGUGUACCAGCCAAGUUUACUUGUUCAGAUUGUGUAUCAAGGCCUGCCAUGGCUUGGAGCUGAGGGACAUUGACAAGGAAGCAUUUGAAUAUUACUUUUAUCAGAUUGUUUAA